AUGUCUCGCCUAUUGCUACACCAGUUGUUACAUGUUCCAACAUCUCGAUCCGCUUUGUUCUUGUCCUCACCACCAAACUUCCGAUUACCAUCGACAUUUUAUUUAAUUAGAAAUCAAGUUCGUUUUUCUGGUCAUAAUAAAUGGAGUAAGAUAAGACAUGGAAAAGGAUUGAAGGAUGCAGCAAAGAGCACGUAUUUUCAUCGAUUGGCAAAGGAUAUAUCUUUAGCAGUGAAAGAGGGCGGAUCAACAGACCCUGCGCUGAACGUUCGGCUAGCAACUGCAAUAGCAACCGCUAAGAAAUCUCAAAUGGCAAAAGAGACUAUAGAUAAUGCUAUAAAACGUGGUGCAGGGCAGUCCAAGGAUGGAACCUCGAUUGAAAAAGUCACUUACGAAGCGUACGGGCCCAGUGGCACUGCGUUUAUAAU